UGAGAAAAUAAAAAACCAAAAUAUAUUUGUUCAAUAAUUUCCUCACUCCCUAUUUGCGAACCCGCCAUUCUUCCAUUCACGAAAGGAACCACCGCUUGUUUUCGUUGACUCCGCCAAAAUCCCAAACUGCAGUUCGAACAAAUCCGAGAUCAAACAAAAAACCAAGGGAUUUUGUGUUGUCUAAAUGCCGUUGAGAGUUUUCCGUCGUUGUUCCGGCGAUAUGGCGGCGGUGUGAGAUCUCACCGUCGACGGAGAGGUCCCUUUGACUCAUCUCGAGAUGGGUUCGAGUCCAAUUGGGGCUGGUGGAAGUGGAGCGGCGAAUAAUUCCGUUAUGGGCAGUGGUGCUUCGGGUAAAGGUGGCGGCGUAGUUGGCGGCGGCGCCAAUGGUUCCACUAGCAGCUGCGGUUGUGGAUGGAAGUGGCAACAGAGACACCUCAGACUGGUCUCUUCAGGGUCCGUCUUCUUCUUCGGAUGCUUCGUUUUGUUUGGAUCGGUUGCUACACUUUACGCUUGGUUAACUUUUACCCCUCAGUAUGUUCGUACGAUCAGCGGCGUUUCAUCGCUUGGAUGUCAAGAAGACAGUGAGGGUUCUUGGUCUAUUGGGGUAUUUUACGGCGAUUCUCCUUUCUCUCUUAAACCCAUCGAAAUUGUUAAUGUAUGGAGGAACGAAAGUGCUGCCUGGCCAGUUGCUAAUCCUGUUAUCACUUGUGCUUCAGUUUCUAAUGCUGGCUUUCCUAGUAAUUUUGUUGCUGACCCAUUUCUGUUUGUUCAGGGUGAUAUUAUUUACUUAUUUUACGAAACCAAGAACUCAGUCUCGUUACAAGGAGAUAUAGGUGUUGCGAAGAGUGUGGAUAAUGGAGCAACAUGGCAGCUACUAGGUGUUGCUUUGGACGAGAAAUGGCAUCUCUCUUUUCCAUACGUCUUUGAACAUCUCGGUGAGAUAUACAUGAUGCCGGAAAGCAGUCAGAAAGGGGAAGUUCGACUUUAUCGGGCAGUUAAUUUUCCUUUGAAGUGGGAACUGGAUAGAAUUAUCCUCAAGAAGCCCCUUGUCGAUUCAGUCAUCAUCAACCACAAUGGUAUGUACUGGCUUUUCGGGUCAGAUCAUAGAGGGCUCGGUACCAAAAAAAAUGGGCAUUUGGCGAUAUGGUAUAGUAACUCGCCCCUUGGUCCUUGGAAGCCUCAUAAGAGGAACCCUAUCUAUAAUGUCGAUAAAAGCUUUGGUGCUCGUAAUGGAGGCAGGCCGUUUGUUCAUGAGGGUAGCCUUUAUCGAUUUGGUCAAGAUUGUGGUGAAACUUAUGGCAAGAAAGUUCGUGUUUUCAGGAUCGACGUUCUUACAACAGAUAGAUACAAGGAAGUAGAAGUUCCGUUGGGCUUAGUAGAACCUGUCAAGGGUCGUAAUGCUUGGAAUGGUAUUCGCUAUCACCAUGUUGAUGCUCAGCAGCUUAGUUCUGGUAAAUGGAUUGGGGUGAUGGAUGGAGAUCGAGUACCUUCGGGUGAUUCAGUUCUUCGAUUACUUCUUGGUUGUGCUUCAUUUGCUGUCGUUACUGUUCUUGUUGUGUUACUCGGUGUGUUACUUGGAGCAGUGAACUGUAUUGUUCCUCUUAAUUGGUGCAUUUAUACUUCAGGAAAGAGAAGCGACGCAAUCUUAACAUGGGAAAAGUCGAAUUUAUUUUCUUCGAAAGUGAGGCGAUUUUGCAGCCGAGUGAACAGAGCACCUUCAAUCCUUCGAAGUUGGGUAAAAUCUAAUACUUGCACCGGUAGACUCGUUCUUGCUAUUUUAUUUGUUUUGGGAGGUGCACUAAUGUGUACUGCCGUGAAAUAUGUAUACGGGGGCAAUGGUGCCCAAGAAGCUUACCCGCUUAAAAACCACUACUCUCAGUUCACGUUACUCACGAUGACUUACGACGCUCGUCUUUGGAAUUUGAAAAUGUAUUUGAAACAUUAUUCAAGAUGCUCAUCUGUUCGAGAGAUCGUUGUGGUGUGGAACAAGGGAACACCUCCGAAAAUGAGUGAUUUGGAUUCAGUUGUGCCUGUGAGAAUCAGAAUUGAAGAGAAGAACUCGCUUAAUAAUCGGUUUAAGUUGGAUCCUUUAAUAAAAACUCGAGCUGUUUUGGAGCUUGACGAUGACAUAAUGAUGACUUGUGACGAUGUUGAGCGAGGUUUUAGGGUAUGGCGCCAACACCCCGAUCGCAUUGUCGGCUUCUAUCCCCGACUUGUUAAUGGAAGUCCGUUGCAAUACCGAGCUGAGAAAUACGCCCGAACUCAUAAAGGAUACAAUAUGAUUCUUACAGGGGCAGCUUUCAUUGAUAGCCAAUUAGCUUUCCAAAGGUACUGGAGUGCAGCUGCCAGGCCAGGCAGGGAUUUGGUCGAAACGUUCUUUAAUUGUGAAGAUGUUUUAUUGAAUUUUCUGUAUGCCAAUGCAAGCUCAUCACAAACAGUAGAAUACGUGAGACCCGCUUGGGCUAUCGACACGUCAAAGUUCUCUGGUGCCGCUAUUAGCAAAAAUACGCAAGUUCACUAUCAGCUUAGAAGUGACUGUCUCAAUAAGUUCUCCGAGUUGUACGGGAAUUUGGCAGAUCGGAAAUGGGGAUUCAACAGGCGCAAAGAUGGCUGGGAUUUGUAACGACCGAAAGAGGUUCUCCCGAGUCGAUCUUAGUGAACUUCCAAUGUCGAGCGAGACUCCUCCCCCUUGUGAAUUUAGUUGGGGAGUUUAGAUAUCUAUAAUUUUCAGUCUGUGAGAUGUACAUUGCUUUGUCGUGGUU